UCUUCAGUUUUCUUCAUCCUUCAACUAUCAAUCUUACAUAGUAAAGACUUUUUAAAAAUGGGUUCAAAGGUUUUUGUUCUCCUCGGCCUUUCUUUGACUGUGUUUCUCUUGAUCGCUUCCGAGGUUACGGCCGAGACUACUACUACUUCAGUUGAACCAACAAAAGCUGAGAAAGCAAGUGGGGUUGCUGGAUUUGGACGUGGAUGGGAAAAUGGAUAUGGGCACGGUGGACAUGGCGGUGGUGGGUAUGGGCACGGUGGGCACGGCGGUGGCGGCUAUGGUCACGGUGGACACGGCGGUGGGUUUCAAGGAAUAAUAACGAAGCAGAAGCAUAACUAA